AAAGGAGAACGAAGCUAACGUGAAACAGAUACCAGAUUGAAACGUUUUAUUAACAGAAUAUGGCAGAUCUCGACAGCUUUCAAGAUGAAAGCGACGAAGAGAUGGAAGCCAUGACACCGGCAGAAGUUUUAGAGAAAAUGGAAGAGGCAUGGUUGAAUGAAAAAUUUGCCCCUGAGCUGUUAGAUUCUAAAACAGAACUGGUUGAGUGCAUGUUGGAGCAGCUUAAGGAAAUGGAAGAAAAUAUCAAGAGAGCUAAGAAGGGUGAUUUCAAAGUCAGUAUUCACAGACUAGAGAUUGACCGCAUCCGUUACAUUUUGAGCAGUUAUUUGAGAAGGAGACUUGAAAAAAUAGAAAAGUUUACAGUUCACACAUUGGAGGCAGAAAAAGAUCGGAGUUCUGAUGAUAAUGCAUUGAUGUCCCCAGCUGAGUUUAAAUUUGCCAGCGAGUAUGCACAGAAUAUGGAAUCUCACUUCAAAAAGAUUGUAUUAAGACAUCUACCCGAUAACCUGCAGGCUAUGGACCCCACAGAGACAGCUCCGAGGCCGAACCUGGAUAGCUACGUGUUCUUAAGGGUGAAUGAGAAGACAGACGGAGUUUUGGUGGAGGAGGAGACACUGGAGGCUGGGGAGGAGAUCAUAGACCUGGAGGUGGCAGAUCAGCACCUCAUGAGGUACAAGCCUGUUGCCUCACUCGUCACAUCUGGUGCUGUCUCACUGAUUUGAGCCCAUGGUAUUCCUGGAGAGAGGUCACUAGAUGAACAUAGGAUGUACCCAGUUGGAUGAAUAGGUUUUGAGCAUAGAAGGCUACACAUUGUCAACAGACAUUGUUUUGAGGGGAAGGCAUCUGAGGAUUCAUCCCAGGUCAAACUCGCAAUAAUCACCAAAAUUGUACUUACAUUAUAUUCCUGAAAAGGCUGACAGUAUAAAACUAAGCAUUGCCUUUGUAUACAGUUGUAUAUGUCUUUGUGUUAGUAUACAGUUGUUCAUGUUUAAAAGAGUAUAAAAUGUAAACAGUGGAAUUUUCAACAGGUGUGAGUGACGUUGAUGAAAUGAAAGGCCUAUAAUAAAGACUAUGAAGGACUACAACAAAGCUAAAACCUUGGACACUGUAUGACCACAGAGGGUUGGAGGAAGUGGUUUUUGUGAUGACAUCCCUUUUGGUGUUAUCACAGCCUACGUGGGUCCUACUGUCACACCUGAAGGUUGGCGGUCUUCUAAAGGUCAUGUGGUAAAAUUAAUCUGUAAUAAAUUGGCUCUAAUUUUCUGGGUUUGUUUUAGGAACUAAUACAGAAGAGUGAAAAGUCUUCAAAAAAUCAUGUUAAGUUAUAUGUGAUUUAAUAAUGCUGGCCGCCGUCAUAUAAGUGAAAUAUUCUUGAGUAUAGCAUAAAACAUCAGUCAAAUAAAUAAAUAAAUUGAAGUUUUCUGUCAAAGACAUACUGACAUCUUCAUUCAUGGUGGGGGAACUAGUAUGUAUAAUAGUUGGCCAGAUUCACAGCAUUAGGUUUAGAUGUGGCUGUGUUUUUUUUAUCAAUACAUGAGAGGAAUACAUCUACAAGAUAUAAUGA